UGAAAAUAAGAAAGCGAUAAAUGAAACUUUAUAUGUUUUUUAAACUAAUAUCUAUUCUUGAUUUUAAGAAUUAUUAGCGCACAGUAAGAUUUUAAAAAAUAUAACGUAAGUUUUCUUAAUACGAAAAAACAGCACUGUAUAGAAACUAAAGUCAUUGUUUCCGAAAAACUCUAUCAGAUACUUAGUAUACCGUUUUAUAUUUAAAAAGAUGACAAGUCAAAACUCAAAAACAUACGAAAGUUUUUCAAUAAAACCGCUGCUUAGAUAUAACAAAACAGCAAAAACAGUAGAAGUAAAACGAUCAUCGUCGGAUGUUCAAGCUUGCUUUUCAAAACUCUUUGAUAUUGAAGAAAACUUUAGUUAUUUUUCUGGGCAUAUUCUAAAAGCAAGAUUGUUAACAAAACUGCCGCAAACUUUAACACUUAAUGUCGGAGAUAGGCUAAAGCUUGUAUGUUUAGAAAACGCUUUAUUUCCUACUGAAAUUAGAUGGUAUUUGAACGACGCCGUAUUAUACCCGACAAAAGACGGUAGAGUCAUGUUUGAAAACAACAAACGUGAAUUAAGAAUUACGGCAGUCAACAGAAAAGAUGCUGGAAAUAUUACAUGUUUUGUUCAAAACAGAUUUGGAAUAGACUCAACAACAUGCGUUCUUCAUAUUAAAGUUUUUAAAUGAAAAGCCGACAGGUCGAGAUUAUUCUCAGCAUAUUUCUUUCCACAAUGGUAGUUUCAAUAUUAAUAUAAUAAUAGAAGGUA